AUGGCUCCAUUAGAUACAAUUAUUAACAAGGCUACUGAUCCUACUUUGACGUCAGAUAACUGGCAAUAUAUACUCGAUGUUUGUGAUAAAAUAUCCUCAGACCCUGAAUUAGAAACAACUAGAGCCAUAAAUUUAAUUAAAUCCAAAAUUUCAUCAACAAAAGAUGCCAAUACAAUUCUAAGAUCAUUAUCAUUAAUUACUGCAAUAGCAGAGAAUUGUGGGUCACGAAUGAAACAAGAAAUUGCAACAAAGUCAUUUUUACAAGAUUGUUUUAUCAAAAAAUUACAAGAUAAAAAAUUGCAUGUUACUGUGAAAUAUAGAAUAAUUGAAGUUCUUGAACAAUUGAAUAAAAGCUUUGAAAGUGAUCCAUCUUUAAAACCCAUCAACGAUGCUUAUAAUAAAGCUAAAAACGAAUAUCCACAAUAUUUCAAGAAUCAACAUGGACCAAGUAAACCGGCCAAACAGGAAAGAACACAACAGGAUAAAAAUAAAGAAGACGAGGAAUUACAAAGAGUUUUAAAAUUGUCUUUACAAGAAUAUGAGGAUGAACAGAAUUUGAAGAAGCAGUAUCUAAAUAACAAGCCAUUACCUGAUGCUGAAAAUAGUAAUAUUCAGCCAAUUCCACCUUCCUCGCCAGAAAGUUCAAAUGAAACACAAACUGUUGCAACUGUCUCAAAAGUUAAAGCUUUAUAUGAUUUGAUUUCAUAUGAAGAAGAUGAAUUGUCAUUCAGAAAAGGUGAUGUAAUCACGGUUAUUGAAUCAGUUUACAGAGAUUGGUGGAGAGGUUCGUUACCAAAUGGGAAAAUUGGUAUUUUUCCUUUAAAUUAUGUUACUCCAAUAGUAAACAAAACACCGCAAGAACUUGCUAAAGAGGCUGAAAUAGAAGAUCAUUUAUUAAAUAUAGAUCAGAGAAAAAUAGAGAGGUUGUUAGCUAUACUUUCGACAAAUGAUAUUUCUCAAGUAGAUGAAGAUGAGGUGACAGAAUUGUACAAUAGUGUUAUUUCCUCUCGGAUUCAAUUGGGAAAUCUGAUAGACAAGUAUAGUGUACGUCAAGAAGAAUUAACAGUUUUAAACAAUCAAUUAACAACUGAAGCUAAAUCUUACAAUCAAUUACUAGAAAAACUGAUAAACAAUAGAACAAAAUUCAAUUCUCCCAACAACAAUCAUGCACUUCCUUAUCCAGCAGUUUCACAGUCGAUACCUCAAUUGAUACAUCACCCUACUCAACCACAACAAAACGCACCACAACAAUCACCUCAACAACAUUAUCAGCAACAACGAACGUCAUAUGGAGGACCUUAUACACAGCCCAUCUACAAUGAGCCACCUUAUGAUUCUUCACCAAAUCAACCUCAAUACAAUCGGUCUGAACAUGUUCAAGGACAGUUUAAUCAAAAUCGUCAACCCAGUUCAUCUCAUAACGAUCAAACUCAAUACACUGGUCAACAAUCACAACCUACUCAACCUCAUCAUACUCAAUCUCAACAAAAUCAAUCUCAACCUACGCAUCAGGAAUUUCUUCCCACGCAAUUCACUCAACCUCAAUUUAAACCUGAUAUUAAUCAAGCUCAAUACCCUCAACCAAGCUAUGCUCAAUAUCAACAAAGAAUACAAGAACAGAAUACCAGUGCCGGAUUUGGCAAUGGAUCUUACUAG